CCGUGCAUCGCACGGACUUCAUCUAAUUUCCUUAUAAUUUAAAAAGUUAAAAAUCAAUAAACAGAAAACCACAUUGCUGAACUAGGCCCGCUAGCCCGUAACAAGCACCGGUAAAAUAAAAACAAGACCUCGACUGAGCUCUUACUUGAGAAAUGAAGAGAAAGAGAGGAGAGAGACAAACCGAGCAGCUCGAAGAAGAAGCAACAGCAACAGCUACAGCUACAUCCGCCAUUAGCACCACUACUAACGACAUGAACAUAGUGUGGCAAACUCCUGCUAAUCCUCCUCUUCGCGAUGAUUACAUUUGCCUUAACGGAAGGCGACAUGUGAAGCCGUAUUACUUCGAGUUCAUCUGCCAUGUGAAGAAUCGUUGGGCGGGGAAAACUAUAGUGGAUAUGUUUUCUGAGGAAUUUAAAGGGCGGAAUCAUGAUUACUAUGAGAGAGCUGUUAAAUGUGGAAGAAUACAAGUUGAUGGAAAAAAUGUCUCUAUUUACUACAGACUUAAACCAUCAGAAAAGAUCAGCCACUUUGUCCACAGGCAUGAACCACCUGUAAUGGCCUGGGAUGUCUCGGUUCUGCAGGAAGAAAAAGAUGUGGUGACUGUCUGCAAGCCGGCUUCUGUUCCGGUUCAUCCUUGCGGUCAAUAUCGGAAGAACACGGUUGUGGGAAUUCUCGAGGCGGAACAUGGUUUGGCCCCACUAUUUCCAAUACAUAGGUUGGAUCGACUCGUCUCUGGACUACUGAUAUUGGCCAGAAGCUCAUCCCAGGCUGAUAAUUUCAGACAACAGAUUGAAGCUGGACUUGUGAAGAAACUGUAUAUUGCAAAGGUUGUAGGGGUAUUUCCAGAGGGUGAGCAAGUAGUUGAUGUAAAUGUUAAUUAUGAUGCUCGAGAAGGAAGAAGUACUGUGGAGGUUGGAGAUGAUGCUGUAAAUGUAAAACUGAAAGGAAAGACUGCUUCUACAAAGUUUAAAAGAAUAAAUACUAAUGGAGAUCAAAGCAUUGUCUUCUGUGAACCCUUCACUGGCCGAACUCAUCAGAUACGAGUUCAUCUCCAGUAUGCUGGUCACCCAAUUGCCAAUGACAUGCUCUAUCUUGGUAAAUCAGUUGGUCGGCGUUCUACUGAAGGGAAAAGUGCUGAUAGAGUAGCUGCCCAAUUGAGGGAUUCUAUAUCAUCCAAAACUUCUGAAAACAAUGAACAGCCAGAAGAAGAAUUCUUCACAGAUUUUGAUAUGGAUCCUUUGUGUACACAUUGCCCAAAUUUGGCCCCUACAGGGUACGACGGGCUUGAAGAGGGGUUAUGGCUUCACUGCAUAAGGUACACUGGACCUGAUUGGACAUAUGAGUGCCCAUAUCCAGAUUGGGCAAAACUUGAUUGAUAAUGAGUGGUCCAUAUCUAAAAAAUUACUCGUGUUUUUGAGAGCUUGAAGCUGGCAAUUUCCUACGAACUAGUCAAGUUCAGAGCAGUUAACUUUUGAAUUUUUCUGCUCUGUCCUAUAGAUUCUGACCAAUUUUAUACUCGGUAUAUUGAUAUUCAACUAUUGCUUCAUUGAUUAUUUUUUUCCAGAUUUUACUGUAUGGAUAACUAUUGUUUGAGUGUUUUACAGUGUUCAGCGUUACAGAAUAUAUUUUUCUUUUGUAUAUUGCCAAAUCGCAUGCCAACUUAAAUCUCAUCAGGCAAGCACAAGUGGAAGCUUUAAUAAGCUUUGCGCUUGACACACAGUGCAUAUUCUUUUU